AGAGGCGAAGAAAGCGGCAAAGAAGUGGAAAUGCCGAGUCGCGGCCGCUUUGCAGUUUGCAGGGUUUGGCUUUCCGGGGUUGGCUCAGUUGGACCUCAAUUUGAUACAAGGAUCUAUGGGCUAUUCAAUUGGAACUCCGAUCAUUCGAAUUCGAGAAUUUCUACAGCUCUACAUCUCUCUAGUCCGAUUGUCUUCUACAGAACUCUUUCAAUUUGCUCCCCGAGUUAUCCCCGAGAUUAUCUAAGCAUCCCGGUUUCGGGAUCGGCAUUGCCAUCCGCCAUAUAAAAGCGAUGGCAAACAUCAGAACAUCCCAGUAAUUUCCUGAUCCUGGCUUUCUUAAGCUCAAUCUGUUGGUCUAGGAAGAACCUGCAUCAUCAGUUACCAUCACAAUGCCUAUCGUCACAGCCGCCACUGGUCUUCGACAGACCCUCGCAGACCCCAACUCCUGCAUUGUCGCCCCCGGAGUGUAUGACGGCCUGUCCGCUCGCAUUGCCCUCUCCGUAGGCUUCGAUGCUCUCUACAUGACCGGUGCCGGCACAGCCGCUUCCGUCCACGGCCAAGCAGACCUAGGCAUCUGCACGCUCAACGACAUGCGCGCCAACGCGGAGAUGCUCUCGAACCUCUCCCCCAAGACCCCCGUCAUUGCCGACGCUGACACAGGCUACGGCGGGCCCAUCAUGGUGGCCCGAACGACGGAGCAGUACUCGCGCUCGGGCGUUGCCGCCUUCCACAUCGAGGACCAAGUGCAGACGAAACGCUGCGGGCACCUGGGCGGCAAGAUCCUCGUCGACCGAGACACCUACGUCACGCGGAUCCGAGCGGCCGUGCAAGCGCGCCAGCGCAUUGGCAGUGAUAUUGUCGUGAUCGCGCGCACCGACGCCCUCCAGGUGCACGGGUACGAGGAGAGCAUGGCGCGGUUGCGGGCGGCGCGCGACGCGGGCGCGGACGUGGGCUUCCUCGAGGGCAUCACGUCCAAGGAGAUGGCGCGGCAGGCGGUUCAAGAGCUGGCGCCCUGGCCGAUGCUUUUGAACAUGGUCGAGCACGGCGCAACGCCGUCGAUUUCGGCGGCCGAGGCCAAGGAAAUGGGGUUCCGGAUGAUCAUCUUUCCCUUCGCGGCGCUGGGGCCGGCGUGCGAGGCGAUCCGUGAGGCCAUGCUGAAGCUGAAGCGAGAUGGGAUUCCAGGCUUGCAGCCGGAGAUGACGCCGCAGAUGCUGUUCCGGGUGUGCGGGCUGGACGAGAGCGUGCAAGUGGAUGCGGACGCCGGAGGAGGGGCGUUCGAGGGGGGAGUAGAUCUGAAGUGAUGGUCAGUUUUAAGGCCUCGAUACCAUUGUACAUAUUUUGUUCGCAGCAUGUCAUGUUGAUUAGAUGAGAUGAU